ACUCCGCGUUUUGCGUCGCACCGGCUAAGAGAAGCUUUCAUUGUGGCUAAACUUGAACCAUCAGUCGGGCUUUGAUGCUCGAGGUGUGCGGGGGUCACUUUGGUUUGGGGGACAGUGUUGACCUGGACUUUCUUUUGCACUUGGAACAUGUCUUCGGGGGCAGAGAUGGAGUUGUGUAGCGAGGAGGCGUUCACCCAGCGGUUCCCUCUCCACCGCGCCUGCAGGGAUGGGGAUGUAGCCGGGUUGCUCGCUUUGCUUCGGCGGCUGUCGGAACACGCGAACCCCGCCGGGCACCUGAGCACCGAGGACUGCCGGUACGGAUGGACCCCGCUGCACUGGGCUGCUCACUAUGGACAGUUGGAGUGUGUGAUCCUCCUGGUGCAGAUGGGCUGUGAGGUGAACACAGCCAGCAGCCGCUUCGACCAGACCCCCACCCACACCGCUGCGUUCGGGGGCCACUCUCACUGUGUGGUGUGGCUCACCCAGGCCGGAGCAGACGUCAACAGGCAGGACCUGACUGGGGAGGCUCCCAUCCACAAGGCGGCACGCACGGGCAGUCUGGAGUGUAUAGAGGUGCUGCUCAUCGCUGGAGCCAAACCACAUGUGAGGAAUGCUUGUGGACAGACUGCGGCCGACCUGGCUCAGGCUCAGGGUUUCCUCGACUGUUUCCACCUCAUCUCCAGCCUGCUGCAGCUCCACGGCACCCCCUGUGCUCUGGGCCAGGGCAGCAGGAAGAGGAUGCUCCAUGGACAUGAGCACAGCCAGGAGAAGAGGGCCAGAGUGGAUGAUGAGCAGCAGCAUCAGACUGGAGCGGAGGACAGUAACAUGGACUGUGCUUUACUCUCAGAUGAGACGACAGUCUUCACACCUAAUCGCCAUGCUGACAGCCAUAUUAAACUCCCUUCCUCAGACUCCACGUCCGCUCAGGACGGAGCGGAGAGGUGCGGCUCCCUGCACCUGAGCUGCAGUCCGGAGAGCUGGGGGUCUGAGCGGGUGGGGCACUGGGGUCUGGGGUGCGGGGAGGGAGCGGAGCUGCUCUAUGGACACUACCACGGCUACGGAGACACGGCGGAGGAGCUCACUGUUUACACGCAACCUGAUCACGUUGCUAUGACAACAUGACCACAGGAUAAGCAAGGGUCUUUCUGUUAAAGCUCACUCAGAUUUGUUCGCUAUUUGAGGUUACAUUUUUGUAGCAUACAGUUGUUUGUUUAGCAUAGCUUUUUCAGCUUUGACUGUUUCAACCAUUCCCCAUUUGAUCUGAAGCAGCUAGUAAAUUAAAAGAAGAUAUAACGAAAAUAUGAGGGAAAAUGUAUUAUAAACUUAGAAACUACAAAACUUAGAAACUGUUAAUUUUAAGAUGUACGUCAUGUCUAGAAAGGGACUCCAACCAGGGAUAUUCUGGUUUGGGGGAACUGUACUGCCCGUUGAACCACACUGACCUUCUAUCUAUGAAAUACUUGAAUCCCAGAUAUAGAAAAGAAUAAUUCAAACUGAAAAUGGAAAGUAAAACUGUCACUGAAGUAACCUGCUACAUUCACACACAGGGUUCUCAGACAUUGUGAUUAAUGCACUAUAAUACAUUUAUGGAAAAAGAUCACAAAAAAGCAACAUACAUUCAGUUUUUAAAUUCAAAUGUUAAGACCAUAUGAAUGUUGUAAAAUGUAUUAAAUUUAUGCAAUGUUUUUCAAUCAAAUUCCCCCAAAAAGCACUUGGUCAAGUGAAGCACUUUGAAAUCAAACUGUACUGUAUUUGAAAGGAAAUUCAACAAGGGGAAAAAGUUGUUUCUUUUGAAAUAUGCUGUCUCUUUUGAUACGUCGACCUAUAAUAUUUUGUACUAAUUUUUGGAUUACAUGAAAGACGUUUUUGCUGCAACACUAUUGUAAUGAAAAUGUGUAUUAAUGUGUUUGCACUAUUGCUUUAGCUUUAGCACAUGAGGGAUGUAUUGUACUGAAGAUAACUGUUUUAGAUUUGCCAUUUGUAUUUGUAGACAAUAGAAAGUUCUGGUUUGGUAGUUGAGAUUCUGAUGAGACCUGUAAGCCUAUGUUUCAGUUUUGUAUUUCUGUACUUUGUAGCAGUUUAUAUAUAAAAACAAUUCAGUAUUAAGCUUUCUAAAAAAAAAAAAAAUAAAAAAAAAAUGAAUUUUUUUCACCAAGGAAAUGCAUAUGUGGUAGAAUUUCUCACUGUAAUAAAAUGCAGUAAUUUUUGGAAUCAGAAAU